GUCCCGUCCCCGCUUCAUCUUUACCUGCCUCCCUGCCGAGGGACCCGUCGCUGCCCACCACGGCCUCGUAUACGCCCUCCAUCACAGAGUCCGUCCGCAAAAGCAUGUCGACGACGCACCACCACGACCUCGAGAAGGGCGACGGCCCCCGCCAGGUCGCCUUCGAGGACGCGAAGACCGCGCCCCCGCCCAUCAUCAACGGCAUCCAGGGCAUCCCCGGCGCCCCCAGCCAAGCCCAGGGCGGCAUCCCCGCGACCAUCAACAUCACGCCCUCCGACUUCAACGGCAACCCGAACCGGCCCAUCGCUAACCCGGGUCCAUUGGGCCUGUUCUCCUUCGCGUCGACCACGUUCAUCCUCUCCCUCAUCAACAUCCAGACUCGGGGGAUCAACACCCCUAAUGUCGUCGUCGGCAUGGCCAUCUUCGGCGGUGGCCUCGCCCAACUCCUCGCAGGCAUGUGGGAGUUUGCGGCCGGCAACACGUUCGGCGCAACAGCAUUCUCCUCCUAUGGCGCGUUCUGGUUGUCGUAUGCGGCGAUCCUACUGCCCGCGACAGGUAUCGCGUCAGCGUACGGCGAUGACAAGACGGAACUGGACAAUGCCAUCGGCAUCUACCUGAUCGCCUGGUUCAUGUUCACGUUCCUGAUGCUACUCGGCGCUCUGCGCAAGAGCUGGGCGAUGAUCAUCCUAUUAUCGUGUCUGACGAUUACGUUCAUCCUUCUGGCAGCUGCCAACUUCACGGCGUCGUUAUCGACGCAAAAGGCGGGUGGCGUGAUGGGCGCGAUCACGGCGUUCGUCGCGUACUACAUGGCGCUCGCGGAGAUGCUCACGCGGCGCGAUGCCUACUUUAUGCUCCCGCUCGGCGAGGUCCCCAAGCGUCUUGACUGAAUGCGGUUGGGAGGAUGUUGGGUGCAGGGUGGAUGCUGCCGAUCUUGAUAUCGAUACCCUGAGCGAGAGUAAUUAUUGUACGACUAUAUGGUACUUACGAGCGGGGGUGGCGAUUGUUGUCUGAUGUCGUUCCGUAGUUCCUCGUAUAAUGCAUCAUUCGAUGAUCUUGCUGUG